UCGAAGCAACUAUGAAGCAAAAAAUCUCGCCAACUCAACUGCCCUUGGUUUACACCCUGUUUUAUAAGCUGAUCGUGUGCAUUUUUAUAUUCAAUUUGCGCUACAAGUUGAUUCCCAGGCCGUUUUGCUGAUGGGCCUACGUGUUGGAUGACUCACUUGGCCGUGGCACCCACUGGAACUACCCGAACAUUUGCCAUAGUUGAUGGAGAGAAAGGCUGCUGCCAUUAUCAAAUUAUAGUGUUUCAUGUUCGUGGUGGGGUGAGAUAAUUCAUAAGGCGUUUUUUGUACGUGAAGCCAGGGUUGCGUUGAGAAGCAGAAGAUGAGGAAUAAUUCUUCUUCCCUAUUCAACCACAGAUUCCCCACAAGGAACAUUGUUCGAGGAAGUAGAAUCAGAAUCCGAAUCAGUGAUUUUGGUUGUGCUGGUUUCCCACAUCAGGAGAUGGACCCCACCAUGGUUUAAGAGGAUCUUUGUAAAACCCUAGUUUAGCGGUCAAGGCGACGAUCAAACAAGGCAGCUGCAUCAACUUACUCCUGUACAUCGUUACUCGGCUACGAGCAAACUGCUUCUCCGGGAACGGUGACGCCAGCUGCAUGCAGGUGUCAACUUUUAGGGUUUUUGUGCAAUUAGAAACGAAUCGAAGAGAAGAAGAACGGCUUCAGGCUUCCUGAGGGUUUUGGUUCCAUAAUUCAUACCUCUAUCCUAGGAUUCUUGGAGAUAAUGCAACUCACUAUCGAGUUCGGUGGUGGGCUUGAGCUCCUUUGCCAAUCCAUUAAGAUCCAUAAUGUUGAUGUUGAUAUACCAGCUGGGGAAGAGAAGUUGACAAUGAACAACUUGCUUUCUUGGGUUCGUACCAAUUUGAUCAAGGAGAGGCCUGAAAUGUUCAUGAAAGAAGAUACUGUGAGACCUGGUGUUCUAGUCCUUGUUAAUGAUUGUGAUUGGGAAUUAAGUGGUCAGCUUGAUACAACUUUAGAGGAGAAGGAUGUGGUAGUUUUUAUUUCGACAUUGCACGGGGGAUAAUAUCUUUAGAGUUGUAACAUGUGAUCUUUCUCAUACACACAUAGACAGAGAAAUGGAGGUGGGGCAGGGAAUGGGUAAUGUACUUCUCAUAUUAUACUCUAGCAUUGAGGUCUGAAUUUUUGUGAUCUUUUUUUUUCUUCUUCUUGGGACAAGUGGCACUUAUGAUAUUGGAAAUUUAAGAAAAGUAAUGUUAUAGUGUUUCUUUGGCAA